UCUACCCCGGAGAAGUUUUGGUACCACCUCUAAAGUUGGCGGUUGCCAUGGCUGCAAGUUCAGGCUGGGCCCCGGAGGGAAGUGACGAGCGGGGCUGUUGUUGGGACACGUGACUGGCGCUGCGCUGAUCUGUUUUGACAAGCAGCAGGGAGGGAAGUGAGGCGGCGGAGGCAGACCGAAGCAUCACGACUAGCAGGACUCGGUGUUCCUUUUAAUCCGCGGCUCGCCUGAAUUUGAUCAGAUAGUCGUCUCGCGCCGGAGUCUGGCGACCGAGCUCGCGCUGAGAGACCCAGAGCCGCGCUCGCGGCAGACGUUGCCGUCGUCACUGAAGCGUUCGGUCGGAGUCGGGGUUGGUUGGUUGGUUGGUUGUUUGUUGUUGUCGGUCGGCAAAAGUUUUUGAACGAAGACCACAAAGGGAGCCAGCGCAGGUGGCGUUUCCAGCACGACGCAAAUGGCGAGGGGUCGACCGCGAAAGUGGACCAAAUUCGUUAUAUAGCGGUUUGUCCUUGUUUUUGGACGACAAUGAUAGGCUAAAUAUUGUAUUGCCGUAGCUCCCCCCUCCCUCCCUCCCUGCCGGAUGGAAGAAGAGACCAUACAGAGGCCGUUCGCUGCUGGGCUGAGCUACGCUAAAGGAGCCGAGAUGUUUGGACGGUAAACAGUGUCGAGAAGGUUGGUCGGUCGAGUUCGCCGUGCUGCUAGCAGCACUGCUGAGUUAGCAAGCCUCCGUAGCGACGGUAUCAACACGAGCCGGGGGAAGGAGAGGAGAGGAGAGGAGAGGGGGGGGGGAGACUGCGAAAUGAAUCCCGACCCAACUAUGAGCCAGGCGGCGGGAUCGGAGACGAGCUGAGAGAGGAGCCAGCUUGCUAGUUAGAUUACUAGUUAACAGAUUGGCCCCCUCGCUAGCAAGCAGCUUGACAACCUGUCCGACCCAACGCUCCGAGUAUCAGCUGUCUUUGUGCGAGUUGGGACAAUACAGCGCGACGCGAUGGAGGCGUACAGGAGCAUGCUAACAAAGCAGGGCUUUGUUGUUGGAUAGGGGGGGGGCAGUCGGCGCUGACACGCAGGCUUUCCAGCUGAUACCGACGCUUAGCUAAUACAGCAGGUCAGAGGAGGAGGAGGAGGGGGUAUUUUUCUUUUUCUUUUAAGGGGGUGGGGGGCGAUUCAAGCGUCCACCGUGGUGUUACUGUCAAAGCUGCGUGUGACACAGAGAAGAAGACCCUGAAGUCAAGCAGAUGACACUGGACAACAUGAAGCCCGAGCGAGAUGCAACAGAGGAGUUUUUCGAGUAUGAUGCUGAGGAGUUCCUGGUGUUCCUGACCUUGCUUAUCACAGAGGGAAGGACACCAGAGUAUUCGGUAAAAGGCAGGACUGAGGGGCUGCACUGUCCCCCAGCUCAGUCGGGCAUGCCUCCUCUUCACAAGCAUGAAUGCAGCGACAAACUGCCCCAGUGCCGGCAAGCGAGGCGAACCCGUUCGGAGGUGAUCUUACUAUGGAGAAACAACAUCCCCAUCAUGAUCGAGGUCAUGCUUCUGCCAGACUGUUGCUACGGUGACGAAUGUCCCCCAAGUGACCCCAUUAGUGACCCAGUCAUCAAACAAGAUGCUUUGCUGCUGGAGAGAUGGACCUUACAGGCUGUUCCAAGACAAAGCGGGGAUCGUUUCAUUGAGGAGAAAACCCUGCUGCUGGCUGUACGCUCCUACGUCUUCUUCUCCCAGCUCAGCGCCUGGCUCAGCGCCUCCCAUGGCAUCGUCCCCAGAAACAUCCUGUACAGAAUCAGUGCUGCUGACGAAGAUUUGGUCUGGCAGUUUUCCCAGCCGCCAUCCGAGCACAUUUUUCCUGUCCCCAACGUAUCCCAGAGCGUUGCCCUGCAGGUCCGGGUCCAGUCCCUUCCCCGCCAGCCCACCUAUCCCAACCUGGCCUGUAGCAUCCACACCGGCCUGCCUCCCAUCUACAGCAAGACCCCCAGCCUCAGCCCACACCUCAGUAGCCAUGGUGGCCUGCCCACCCUGAAAAAGAGCCAGGAGCCCAGCAAAGACGGCCUCCAUCCCAACUCGAACAUGUACGGCAAGAGCUCCAACUCCACCUCAAGCCUUCUACUCAACGGAUUACCCAUCCCUAAUCUGCCCAUCAACAACAUCCCGAUUAACAGCCAUGCUCACACCGCGGUGUCACAUGCGUACGGCAAGAAGAGCCAGGAGCCCAGUGAGACCCACAUCUAUCACAACGGAGAGCUCCCACAGGUCAACAUCCCCCAGCGCCAGGGCUCCCCGCUCUUCUACAAACCCUCUCGCUCCCCCACACCCUCACGCUCUAACUCGCCCUCCCCGCUCCCCUCAAGUAAAGCGGGCAAGUGGUUGUACUCUGCCCUCAAUGGCUCAUCUGAUCCCACCCAGGUGGACGACUACAGCUCCGGUACCAGCAACACCGACCAGUCAAAGGCUCCCAUCCCAGAGCCUCUAAGAAGUUUCAAGAACUUAUCCAUGGCUGAGCCGUCUCGGUGCCCCUCCCCAAGGCCUUCUGGGACUGAAACAAAUCCUCUGAUUGGCUCCCUGCUGCAGGAGAGACAGGAAGUCAUCGCUCGAAUUGCACAAAGGCUCAAUUUCUGUGACCCGACAGCACCGCCACUUCCCCCGGGCCUGUUUGCGUCUGACAGCUCUCACAAAGCCACGUGGGGCAGCAAUCACGACGACAAAGCUGCGAGUAAGACCAAAGAAGCCGAGGCGCACCCUUACGAGUCUGUGGGACGCGCGCGGCCGGCCCUGUUCAACACUCCAGUGACCGAAACCUGCUUUGUCAAGCGGGAGAGCUCCUCCCCUAAACCCGCCGCCUGCAGGAAGCUGAGGAUGAGCGAGGCAGCAGACCGGGUGGAGCAGAGGAACGGAGACCUGAAGGAAAGAGAGAAAGAGAGCGUCAGGGACAGCUCCCUCAUCGCCCAGGCCGUGCAAGACAUCACCCGGCUCAUCCAGGAGAGGCUGUCCGUCCCGUCUCUGUCGCCCAGGCACAGCCGGAGCGCCAGCCCGCUGCACCACGUGCACACCACCACCGUCACGCACACCGUGCGCACGUACUCGCACCCCCCGCAAGCAUCACACGCCGCCAGCAACGGCUGCGCCAACGGCCAUGCACCCAGCCACGAACCUCAAAGAGGCACGACGCACAACGCUGCCUCGCACACGCCCGUUUGCACAAACAAGCCCCAAGCCGGACCCAGGGUGGAACGUCAUUCUUCCCGGGCCCAGAAUGGUGCUCAGUUUACACUUGAAGAAGCUUCGCUCAACGGUCAGGCCGACGCCCAGCCCGGCCGGCGUUUACGAGCUUCCCCGCAGGAGAGGCUCCGAAUCAGGACCCCCAGCAGCCAUGAAACCCCCCCUGUCUCCCCCGUCCUGGAGAACAGAGCAAAGAAUGGCCAGACGUUCAGCUGGAAUAACCACGACGGCAGCGCAGCCACACACUGUUUCAGGAUCCAUGACAAGAGCCCGCCUCAGACGCAGGCUCAGAGCAUUGGUCCAGCCCAGGCCUCUGCUCUGCAGGAUGAGAACCAGGCGCCCUCAGAGUCCGGCUCCUGCACGUCCAGUCCAGAAACCACUCCAUCGCCUUCAGUCCUCCGUCCUCACAGCCCCUCCCCCCUGCGUCCCUGCAACGGCUGGAAGAAACGGAACCGCCACUCUCUGGACGCCACAGCGACGAAGGCCUUCCACCCCUGCACCGGCCUGCCUCUGCUCUCCAGCCCCGUUCCUCAGAGGAAAAAUCAAACAGGCUACUUUGACCUGGACACCUCUCUGACUGGCUGUAAGGGUUUGCCUUGGGCCUCCGGGAAAAGGGUGUGUCCGAAGAGAGACGAGAACAUCGAUGAGUCACAUCAGCUGUUCAGCGCCAGCGCUCCUCCGGCCAGUCUAAGCCUGCUGGGCAACUUUGAGGAGUGUGUGUUGAACUAUCGACUUGAGCCUUUAGGGACAGUAGAAGGUUUCACAGCAGAGGUGGGAGCCAGCGGCUCUUUCUGCCCAAGCCACCUGACCCAACCAGUGGAUGUGUCAUUCUACAGCGUCUCUGAUGACAACGCUCCCUCGCCAUACAUGGGUGUGAUAAACCUGGAGUCCCUGGGAAAAAGGGGCUACCGUGUACCUGCAUCAGGAACCAUACAAGUGACCUUAUUCAAUCCCAACAAGACAGUGGUGAAGAUGUUUGUUGUGAUGUACGACCUAAGAGCCAUGCCAGCCGGACACCAGACCUUCCUACGCCAGAGAACCUUUUCUGUUCCCGUCCGCCGCGACGCCAACAAUCAGACCAGCAGGAAGCCCCUGACCCCGGGCCAAGGCCGCACCCUGCGCUACCUCAUCCAUCUGAGGUUCCAGAGCUCAAAGUCUGGGAAGCUCUACCUUCACAGAGACAUCCGCCUGUUGUUCUCCAGGAAGUCCAUGGAGGUCGACAGCGGCGCCGCCUACGAGCUCCAGUCCUUCACAGAAUCCCCCAUAGACCCUCCGUUUUCUCCUCGCUGCUGAAGGCCGACGCCUCAUCCCUCCAUGCGACAGGCCAUUACCGCAACUUCAGCCACACCUCAAAGCCAGCACUAGACUCUAGUUCCCUCCGUCAGACCGUCGUGGGAGUUGUUUCAGGCAGAUGAGGUCUGAGGACGGCCGGCAACAAGCCCCCGUUAACCUGUGUCCAAAGGCUUAGGUUCCAUCCUGUCCAUCACCCAAAACAACAAAACGGGGGUUUGAAACAGAGCCUGAGAGACUUGUCGUAGAUGCACCUCGUUCUUUGUGAAUUGCAGACCCUGGAACAGAAGGAUGUGGGGCAGAAGUUAGGCUGGAGGAGGAGUUUAUGAUCCUGUUCAUAAUGUUUCCGCCAUAGUUGAACGAUAGUCCUGCUGUUCCUAGGAUUUGAUGCAUUCCCUCUUGUAUCUGGCUCUGACGCCUGUCGAAAUACAGAAAUGUAAUCAAAGUUCGGGUUCGGUUUUCCUCUGCCAGCACAAGUCCAAAUGUUGUUUUCCUCUCAGAGUACAUUUCUGUUCCUACCGCCUCUGAAAUUCCCUCUAAUUCAAUGCAAUGCCCCGUCAUCUGUAACGUUCUGAUUUUCUGUUACUCUUAAAUUCACAGCAGAACGGGAUCUCAGUCGUUUGAGCCCAUGACUCUUGAGCUUGGAGUGACGGUUCAGGCGGAACCGGGUGAAACCAGGCUGUGGCGCCACGCGUGCCACGGACCAUCACGGAACAUGCAAUCACAAUAAUGUACCUGGAAAAGAUCGCAGCAGAACAUCAAACAUGCACUGUGGGGUUGUUUCGGUUUUGUUUUUUCCUCCUUUGGGUUUUUUUUUUUUUUUUUUCUUUGGUUCUUCAAUAUAACUGGAAAUGGAACAGAAAAUAGUCAUAUUCUAAUACUUUUGUACUGUUACAAAAACCACUUUAUUGAAACUGUUGCAAUAGAAUGAGUAACAUUAGUUUAGUGUUUACACGUUCACUUUUCAAUUUACUUACCAUCAGUUUAUUUAAUAUUUAAAUUAAUAUUUCAGUUACUGUUUGUGACGUCUGUCAUGCUAAGAUGAUGUAGUGCGGACUGUAUAUCAUAGUGUGUAUUUUUGACAUUACUAUUCAAAUCUGAAAAAAAAUAUAUAUCUAUCUUCUAAAGCAAUCUUGACA